CGUCAUUUCGGACGAUAAGCUCCAAGCGGCCACUCGCCGAUAAAACCGUCCCACCCACUCCGCCCACUCCCCCUCCUCCGCCGUCGCCUCUCCACUUUCCCCCAUCCUUCUCCGCCGUCGCCGUCGCGGUCGCGUCCCAGUCCGAAGAGCCUCCGACUCCGAUGGCCAACCGCUGGGUCCGACCCGAGGUGUACCCGCUGUUCGCGGCGAUGGGCGUGGCCGUCGGCAUCUGCGGGUUUCAGCUCUUCCGGAACAUCACCGGCAACCCGGAAGUCAGGGUAAACAAGGCAGGGAGGGCAGCUGGUGUGCUUGAGAACCAUGAGGAGGGGAGGCGUUACGCCAUGCAUGGCCUAAGAAGCUUUGUGCAUGAAAAGACCCCUGAGAUCAUGCCUGCUAUUAACAAGUUCUUCACUGACCCCAAGUGAAGCAUGUUGAUGGUUCUACUGCUACUUGCCAUUGGGGAUUGUACCCUUUUCUGGCAGUUCGAUGUGUUGUGCCGUCCAUAAAUUGGAAGACAUCUCUUACUCUUAUUAAAAGUACCGUAUGAGUGCUUGGUAAUGGCUUGCUAUAUGUAUGAUGGUGAAUGAGUUUGGUCGUCCCUCUUUGAUGUUCAUACUCCAGUCAUCUGUCAUGUGGAUUUGCUGUGCUUCAAUGAUAAAACUGUCAGCCAACGUUCAUUUGGAUA